AUGGGUCCUCUCCAUGAAAUUACUCAGACGAAUCAAACUGGGAUCACCGAGUUUAUCCUCCAAGGGUUUCCAGGUUCUGCAGAGCUACAGAAGUACAUAUUUGUGCCCGUCUUGUUUAUGUACAUCCUCACUGUUGUUGGCAACAUACUGAUUAUCUUCAUCAUCAUCUGCGAUCACCAUCUCCAUAAUCCCAUGUACUUCUUUCUGGGGAACUUCUCCUUCCUGGAGAUCUUUUAUGUGACCACCUUGUCACCGAAGAUGCUCGCCAACUUCCUGGCUGAGAGGAGGGUCAUCUGCUUCUACUGUUGCAUCACCCAAGCCUUUUUCCACUUCUUACUUGGGGCCACAGAAUUCUGCUUGCUUGCUUCAAUGUCCUUUGAUCGCUACAUAGCCAUCUGUAACCCUUUGCAUUACAGCAGCAUCAUGAGCCGUAGGCUUUGCCUCCAGUUAGCCUUGGGAUCGUGGCUGGGAGGGUUCUUCACAGUCAUCAUUCAGACCAUCUUGCUGUGCCGACUCCCAUUUUGCGGUCCAAAUCUGAUCAACCAUUUCUACUGUGACGUGACCCCCUUGUUGAGCUUGGCUUGUGCCGACACACACCUGCUCGAACAGAUGGUGUUAGUGGGGUCAGCCCUUCUCCUGUUCAGCUCCUUCUUGUUCACAGUGAUCUCGUACAUCUUCAUCAUAGCCACCAUAUUGCGCAUCCCUUCUUCUUCGGGGCAGCAGAAGGCUUUCUCGACUUGUGCCGCUCACCUUACAGUUGUGUCCAUACAAUAUGGGACAGUGAUGUUCAUGUACGUGAAGCCAAGAGCAAACUCAUCCCUGGAGGUAAACAAGGUGGUUUCUGUGCUGAAUACAGUUAUCACUCCACUCCUCAACCCAUUCAUCUACACCCUGAGGAACAAAGAUGUCAAAGAAGCUUUGAGGAAAGCAGCCACUGUUAAAAAACAAAUAUCACUGACUUGA